GAUAAUAAUGAAGGAGGCAAUGAAGGAGGUGAUGAUAAUGACGAUGAUUUAUUGAAUUUUGAUGAUAGUAUUUUCGGAUUUGAAUCAAAUGUAAUAAUAAAUUUCCGUUUAAUAAGUAAUAUUGCGAUCGAUAAAUAA